AUGUUUCGACUGGUGGUGCCAAUUGUGCGUGCAAGGACCUUGAAACUUGCCGUUGGUGUUGGUGCCGGCACGGUUUCGGCGUUCUAUUUGCACAAUUCGUUGUUGAACGAGGCCAAAGUGACCAAGGGACUGUACAAGAAUGCCCAUGUUUUAAGCAACAAGAACAGCUUGGUUGCUGACCCAAAACAGUCCACGUACGAGAUGGGGCUGUAUAUGGCGUCGCAGACAGAGCUUGAGCAGGAAUCGGUCGAGAUCCGGCGCGAACAGAAAAGUCGAAAGCUUACAGGCUGGUUGUAUUACCUCAAGUAUUGGCUUCUUGACUAUAUAUGGGAGCCGACGGUGACUGUGAGCCGAUUUCUGGAACUCACGUCUUUGUUUGUGCCGAUAUUUGCAUUCUAUCCGAUUGUGUUCUUUGGCAAGCGCAAUCACAAGGGCGAAACGUCCGGAGCGCUGCUUUGGUACAAGCUGGUGCGCAAGGUUGCUGAAUUGGCCGGGGCCUCAUUUAUCAAGCUGGGACAGUGGGCCGCCUCGAGAACGGACAUUUUCUCGCGCGGACUCUGCGACGAGCUCGGCCAAUUGCAUUCCAACGCCAAGUCGCACUCGUUCAGAUACACCAGAAAGGUCAUCGAGACUACUUUUGGCGACAAGAAGCUCGAGGACGUUUUUGACGAGUUCGACCCUGUUCCGAUAGGUUGUGGGGCCAUCGCACAGGUUUACACCGCCAAAUUGAACCCCAAGUAUGUCGAAGAUGGCCAAGAACAGCACGUGGCCGUGAAAGUUGUUCAUCCGAACAUCGAGGUGGAGAUCGACCGGGAUUUACGCAUCAUGAGGUUUUUCGCCAACGCUAUAGACAUUAUCCCCACUAUGGAGUGGCUGUCGUUCCCACAAGAAGUGGAACAGUUUUCGAUGUUGAUGAAGAUGCAGUUAGAUCUGCGAAUUGAAGGAAACAACCUGCUCAAGUUCCAGGAGAAGUUCCCGGACGACGAUAUCCGGUUCCCAACUCCGUUCAUGAAAAUUAGUUCCCGGAAGAUUCUUGUUGAGGAGCAAAUUAGAGGGCUGUCCAUGUCGAAGGUCCUCGAGCUUCGGCAGGGCAGUAAGCAUGUUACUAAAGAGAUGAGCGACACGCUGAUCGACGCGUUCCUGAAGAUGUUGAUUUUGGACAACUUUAUCCAUGCGGAUCUUCAUCCAGGAAACAUAUUCAUCAGGUUUGUUCGUCGGGACCCGAAGACACGCAAAAAUGUAUCGAGUGUGGACGAGAUCGACGAACUGAUGGCCCGGCUCGGCAAGAUCAACGACGUUUCGGAACUGGCUACCCAACUGGAUGAUUUGAGUGCGCAGAACUAUCAUCCACAAGUGUGUUUGAUUGACGCCGGAUUAGUCACAGAACUUGACGAUACGGACAGAUACAAUUUCAUCUCGCUGUUCAACGCGUUGUCGCACUUUGACGGGUACCAGGCCGGAAGCCUGAUGAUUGAGAGAUCCAAAACUCCUGGGUCUGCUAUAGAUACAGAAAUUUUCAAGAUGAAAGUGGAAAGACUGGUUGACCGGGUGAAACAACGAACGUUCACUUUGGGGUCGAUUUCAAUUGGAGACCUUCUUGACCAGAUGCUGAGUAUGGUGAGGUCGCACCAUGUGCGCAUGGACGGAGACUUCAUCACGGUUAUUGUUGCCAUAUUGCUGAUGGAAGGUAUCGGGCGUCAAUUGGACCCCGACCUUGAUCUUUUUGCCAGGUGUGUAUUUGCAUGGAAUGUGGGGUUUCCCACCUACUGA